UGUUACAAAGAGCAGUGGAUACCACGGUCUAGGGGUUAGGAGUAUUGUUACAAAGAGCAGUGGAUACCACGGUCUAGGGGUUAGGAGUAUUGUUACAAAGAGCAGUGGAUACCACGGUCUAGGGGUUAGGAGUAUUGUUACCAAGAGCAGUGGAUACCACGGUCUAGGGGUUAGGAGUAUUGUUACAAAGAGCAGUGGAUACCACGGUCUAGGGGUUAGGAGUAUUGUUACAAAGAGCAGUGGAUACCACGGUCUAGGGGUUAGGAGUAUUGUUACAAAGAGCAGUGGAUACCACGGUCUAUGGUUUAGGAGAUGUGUUACAAAGAGCUGUGGAUAUCAGUGCACAGUCUAGGGUUUAGGAGAUUUGUUACAAAGAGCUGUGGAUAUCAGUGCACAGUCUAGGGUUUAGGAUAUUUGUUACAAAGAGCUGUGGAUAUCAGUGCACAGUCUAGGGUUUAGGAGAUUUGUUACAAAGAGCUGUGGAUAUCAGUGCACAGUCUAGGGUUUAGGAGAUUUGUUACAAAGAGCUGUGGAUAUCAGUGCACAGUCUAGGGUUUAGGAGAUUUGUUGCAAAGAGCUGUGGAUAUCAGUGCACAGUCUAGGGUUUAGGAGAUUUGUUACAAAGAGCUGUGGAUAUCAGUGCACAGUCUAGGGUUUAGGAGAUUUGUUACAAAGAGAAAGACAUGAACAGGAAUGACGAUGUUCUGAUACUUGGAGCGUCUUCUCUCUAGACAAAUAGUGUUUUAGAAAAUAUACAGAAAAGCCAGACAAAUAUGAUUCAGCCUUUGGCAAAGGGUUUACCCAAAGUUUUUUGACUCUGGUAUAAGUGCUUACGUCAAUGUUUUCUCUCUCGCUGAAGUCGAAGUGCGAUUGUUUCACCGCCUGGUUUUCCAUCACAUUACAGCUGGCUGCUCUCAGAGGAAAAUCUAAGACACUUGGAAGCAAAGUGUGUCAUUUUUGGGGAAAGCAUCCCACUGCCAAGUGUCUACCGUGGAGUAACGAAUGGUCCAUCUGACCUAGUUAUUCUCUUAGUUGCUUUUAACACCGUCAUGAUGUCCAACCAUAUUCUUCUCAAAUCUGGCCAUGAUGUGCUCGUGAUGCUAAAGAUCCACCGCAGAUUCUAUUGGUUUAAUCAAAACUAGAAUAGUAUCACAAUAUCCUUAAGUGAAUCUAUAAGGUGCCAGCAAAAGGGAAAGAAAUGAGUGAACUCUCCCCAUUAGCUGCACCGAGAAAUCUGUAUUGAUCUCUAGUCCAUCCUCCUGUCUAUGGCGUUUGGCGUAAACACACAGCUGAUGUUUCUCAGCCCCCGGCCAUGUUAUUACUGUCCUCUUGAGAGUUGUAAACGGAACGUAAUCAUGCUGUAAACAAAGGACAUGGCCAUGGCUCAGUGUCAACCACCUGAAGGCAGCUUUAGUUAUUUAUAAAGUAGAUCAAUACACCGACGGAGUUUAUUGGUUUAUUCGGAUCCCCUUUAGCUUUUGCCGAAGCAGCAGCUACUCUUCCUGGAGUCCACACAAAACACAAAACCUGACCAGUAACAAAGCACUGAUACACUGAGAGACAAGAAGAGUCACACAGAUGGAGAAUACAACGACACACAAGCAAUACAACUAAAGACUAAUGUGUGUGUAGGUCGUGUGUGCUAGAGUGUGUCUGUGCGUGCACGUGUCCUUAUUUAGCCACGGGACGUUGUUUCCUACACUUUUUUUAAGGUCAUUUUUGCUGUUCGCUUGAGUAAUUGAAGAUGGAAGGGAGCUCCGUGCGAUCACGGCUCUGUAUGAUACUGUGUGUCGUCGUGAUUUCGUUUUGGACUUGAGGGAAUGCGAAGAGACCCCUGGUGGCAUGUCUUGUGAGGAAGUAAGAGCCGUACAGUCCAGCACAUCUAGAAGAGCCCCAGCCAGUAGCUACCAGCUGGACCAGAAGAGUGACCCAUCACCUGGUGAGAACAUGGCCUCAACUCAAGAACCCAGCCUCUCUGCGGGCAGCGCGGGUGGAACCAGGUCAGGACGUCCUGAGGAAAGGGAAGGGGUGGUGAGUCAGAGGAAAGGAGACGGAGGAGCGCCCACCAGCGAGGAGCCGGAGUCCGUGUCACUAAAGGAACGUAUGGCCAUGUAUCAAGCUGCCGUGUCCAAGAAGGAGGCCAGCAGCUCAUCCGCCACGGUUAUGGAGGAGUCUGAAGCCUGUUCUCUGCCAGGGGGUCUGGCCAGCGUGAAGAAACAGUUUGAGAGCCAGGAGUACGCCUCAUCCUCCCAGUCCCAGACCAGCGUUACUCAGGUCCACGUAGAAAAGAGAUCCGUGCAGGAGGUGUCCAGCUCACAGGAGGUGACAGUGAGGAGCAGUGUCAGAGAGGUCAUUCCCACCACUCAGCAAGUGGCCUACUUCCAUGACCAGGAGGUGACUCAUGAUCAAAGAGUUCAACAAAGCAACGCGGCCUCCAGUUAUGAAAACCAUUAUGAUGAAACAGUUAAGGUCAUAGGAGGAGAGGACUUACCAAAGGUCUCCACUCAGGCUUUGAAGCAGCAGUAUGAGAAGACGAUCGAACAGGCCACGCCGGGCAAGCAAAUUAAGAUUGAUCUGGAUUAUAACCAGUUUCAAUGGGCACCGGUAAACCAGUCCUCCUCAGCAGCAGCUAGCUAUGAAAGUUUGUCCACUGUGAAACAGUCAUCCAGGGCUUCAGCAGCAACGAGCUAUGAAAUCUCAUCCACUAUGAGGACAGGGGUUGUCUCUUCAUCUACCGCUGCCUCAGCCUCAUCCAAUAUCAGGACAGGGGCUGUCUCUUCAUCUACCGCUGCCUCAGCCUCAUCCAAUAUCAGGACAGGGGCUGUCUCUUCCUCUACCCCUGCCUUAGCCUCAUCCAAUAUGAGGACAGGGGUUGUCUCUUCAUCUACCGCUGCCUCAGUCUCAUCCAAUAUCAGGACAGGGGCUGUCUCUUCCUCUACCCCUGCCUUAGCCUCAUCCAAUAUGAGGACAGGGGCUGUCUCUUCCUCUACCGCUGCCUCAUCCAAUAUCAGGACAAUGGCUGUCUCUUCCUCUACCGCUGCCUCAGCCUCAUCCAUGGAUUAUGAGACCAUGGAGCACUUCCCUCCUCCACCCACUGAACUACUGCCCCAGGAGGUCCCUGAGUGCUGUGACUCUCUCCCGCCUCAGGAGCAGGCUGGCCAACAGAGAUACAUCUUCAACAAAGAGCAGUACUCCAAGCAGAGGAACCUCAAUGAGCUGAAGCGCCUGUACAAGCACAUGCACCCAGAGGUUCGGAGGACCAUGGAGAAGGAUUACUUCACCGACGUCACGGAGAUCGAGCAGUCACAGCUGGAUAGUGAAGAUGAGAUGACCGGGGAAGUCCAGCAGGCUUGUUAUGUGUUUGAGAACAGUGGUGGGGAUGAAUGUAUGAGCCCUGAGGGAGAUUACCUGGAGUGGGAUGAGAUCCUUAAAGGGGAGGUGCAGUCCAUGCGCUGGAUGUUUGAGAAUAAGCCGCUGGAUACCAUUAAAGAUGACACCCCAGAUGAGGAUGAUGAAGUGAAGAACAUUGCUGAGCAGGAAAUCAUUGCAGGAAGUGAUGUCAAAUACACAGCAUGGAUGUUUGAGACCCAGCCCAUGGAUGCGCUGCGUGCAGACACCCCAGAAUCCACUGUACAGACAGGAAAAUUGACCGAGCUAGCGAGAGGAGAUGUACGAACAGCCACCUAUCUUUUCGAGACCCAGCCACUGGAUUGUCUGAAUAAAUUCUACCAGGAGGAUGAGCAAGCCUUGGAGGUUGUCUUCACUAAAGAUAUCACAGGAGGGGACGUGAAAACGGCCAGGUAUCUGUUUGAAACUCAACACUUGGAUUCCCUCAGCCACACAGAGACCAUUGAGGAGAGCCACUUCUUGAACCUGAAGUCAGAGCUUGAGGAGAUCAAAGGGGAAGUGAAGACAACCACACGGAUGUUUGAGACCCAGCCCAUGUGUGUCAUCAGGGGCGACUCUGGAAAUAUACUGGAGAUCACCGCCAUCCGCAGGGAGGAGAUGGAGAAAGGAGACGUGAAGACCUCCCGCUGGCUCUUUGAGACCCAGCCUCUGGACAUGAUCAACAAAGACCCUGCCAAGGUGAAGCUGAUCUGUGGAGUCUCCAUGGAGGACAACUCCCAGGGAGGCGUGAACCGGGGGAGGUGGCUGUUCGAGACAAAGACACUGGACUCCAUUAAAGACGAGGAAUGGCAAAGCAUCCGGCAAAAGGAGGAGAUUAUUGGAGCAGAUGUGCGGAAGCACUGCUUGGUUUUCGAGACACAGCAGAUGGAUACUCUGAAAGACAAUGCCAAUGCCAGACCUUUACCCUCAGAGGAGAUUGUAGGAGGUGAUGUCCGAUCAGCAAAACAUCUGUUCGAGACAGUGCCAAUAGAGAACCUGAAGGAUCUGGCUGAAGUAGGGAAACUUCAGAAGAUGGUCGCGUCCGAGGAGGAGAAGGGUGAUGUUAGACAUCAGAAGUGGGUUUUUGAAAGUCAACCACUUGAAAACAUAAGGGAGGAGAAGAAGGAAAUGACACGCACUAUAAACCUUGAAGAACUUGAUAAGGGCGACGUCACAAAUCACAAGGAAAGAUUUGAAACCUUGGAUUUAAGCAGAUGUGAGGGGGCACAGAGAAUCCAAGUUGAAGGUGUUACUAGUGGGUCUGUGAAAUCAAACAAAGUUAUUUUUGAAUCCACCCCGAUGUAUGCCAUGCAAGACAGCGAGGGACACUACCACGAGGUGAAAACCGUGCGACGUGAGGAGAUAGUAAAAGGAGAUGUUCGCAGCUGCAGGUGGAUGUUUGAAACACAUCCUAUCGAUGAGUUUGAGGAAAGUAUCAAUAAAUUCCAGAUUAUAAAAGGUAUAUCAAAGGAGGAGAUUGAAUCGGGCGAUGUCAAGACUGCCAAGUGGUUAUUUGAAACUCAACCCCUCGAUGGUAUUAAACAUUUUAGCAACACUGAAGAAGAUGAAACUAAGACAAAGGAGAGUGUUGAAAUUGAGAAGGGUGAUGUGAAAACCUGCAGGUGGCUGUUCGAGACUCAACCAAUGGAUAAUCUGUAUGAGAAAGCAGAUAAGGUGAGGAAUGAGACUGAGGUUGAGGAGGUCAACAAAGGGGACGUCAAAACAUGCACAUGGCUCUUUGAGACUCAGAACCUCGAUAACAUCUGUGACCAUUCCGAGUCCGAAUCGGAGACCGUUCUCAAAACCUGCACUGUCAAACAAGAGGACGUCCAAGGCAAAGAUGUGCAUCACGCUCGCUUCCUCUUUGAGACAGAGAACCUGGAGAACCUCACAGGGGAGGAGAGUGGUGCCUUCAGGAGGGUGACUAAGAUUGAUGUCCAGUCUGGAGAUGUGUCUAGGAUGAAGUUUCUCUUCCAGAAUAGGUCUUCAGACAUCAUGACCUCAACCUCAGCUGAAACGAUGCAUAAGCUGAAGACCCUUACGGCGGAGGAAAUUCAGAAAGGAAAUGUAGUGAACAACAUGUGGCUUUUUGAAAACCAACCUAUAGACACUAUCUGUGAGGUUACAGAGGGAGCCAAGGACACUCGCACCGUAACCGAUGUGCUGGGAGGAAACGUUGGUCAAGGACGCUUCGUUUUUGAGACUUACUCUCUCGAUAAAAUCCAAGAGGAGUCCACCGAGACUGAGAUGUCAAAACUCCAGGGCAUCACCAGGGAUGAUAUAGAGAAAGGGGAUGUGAAAAGCUACACCAUGAUGUUUGAAAAUCAGCCACUGUAUGCAAUCUGUGACAAAGAGGGCCACUACCAUGAAGUUACCACUAUGACAAAGGAAGAAAUCAUGAGCGGAGAUGUGGUGGGGGCACGGUGGUUAUUUGAGACAAAACCUCUGGAUUCAAUAAGGGACACAGACGACGUCUAUGUCAUCAAAUCUGUCACUGAGGAGGACGUCCAGAAAGGUGAUGUCAGCACGGCCAGGUGGAGGUUCGAAACACAACCUCUUGAUGAAAUCGCUGAGGACAUGAAAGUGUUGACUAAAACAGUUGAAGAUAUCCAGGGUGGUGAUGUGAAGACAAACAAACACCUUUUUGAGACAGAUGAACUGUCCCAGAAGUAUGUUAGAACUGUUAGCGUGAGUGAGAUCCAAAAAGGGGACGUCAGGACUGCCUCGUGGAUGUUUGAAACACACAGCAUAGAUAAGAUCCAUGGCGAGGGCUCAGAAUAUGAUGAAAUGGAGACCGUGACAAAAGAAGAAGUGAUGAAAGGAGAUGUCAAACAGUCUGUGUGGCUCUUUGAAAAACAGCCGCUUGACAGCAUUAAAGAGUCAGACGGAACAGAGACUGUUGUCACCCGGGAGGAGAUCCCACAAGCAGAUGUAAAGACAACAACAUGGCUUUUUGAAACCACUCCUUUAACCAAAUUUAAUGAGAACAGUGUAGAAAGAACUGAAAUAAUGGGGAAGAGCAUCAAAGAGACCCUUGAAGAGCUGUAUUGUCAGAAAAUGGUUGACUCACAAGGGAUUCUCAUUGAGACGGAUGAGAUAGGAGAUGUCAGAAUGGCAAAAUAUAGACUCUUGAACCAAGAUGCUCCAGAAAUCCAGAAGGAGGAGGUGAUCAGAGGGGAUCUGAACAAUAUCAUGAUGAACCUCCUAAACAGACGAGAAAUGACAGAGAAAGGGAUAGUCAUAGACCAGGACGAGAGAGGCAACAUCAACACAACAGUAAAACAGCUAUUCAACCAAGAAAAGGGAUUCAAUGUUGAGAAGGAGGAAAUCCUCAGAGGCGACAUUCAAGAGGCCAUCAACAACCUAUUGAAGGAGGAGGGCUCCUCAAAACGUGGAAUUCUGAUUCAAGAAGAUGAAAAGGGAGAUGUGCGAAUGACUAUAUACUCCCUCCUCAAUAAGGAAGACGGUGGUGGCAUUGAGAAGGAGGAUAUCAUCAAAGGCAAUGUCAGUAGGACCCUUCACAGUCUCUUGUCCAACCCAGGGUCAGAGGAAUCUAAAAGGAUAAGGGUGGAAGACACAGAGAGGGGUAACGUUAGCUUUUACUCCACCUGUAUUGAAUCUGGGGCACUGGAUUACCUCAAACAACUCCAGUUUGAACCUAAUGAGGAACAAGAACAGGCGCAGAAGGAACGUAUCAUUGGCGGCGACGUUAUGGAAACCAAAAUGACACUAAGGAAGAAUCAACAGCAGAUUGAACGCACAGUAGCUGAGGACGAUAUUGUCCCUGGUGAUGUCAACAACACAGUGAAGGUGUUCAUGAUGGAACCUGCUCUCUUGCUGGACAACCUGCAGAAAGAGGAAAUUGUCAAGGGAGAUCUGAGGGCGGCCCUGGACUCACUGACCAAAACUAUUAGCAAGAGAGUUGUGAUAGAGAAAGAGGAAGUGGUGAAAGGGGACCUGCACACCACUCUGAGGUCUUUGGAGGAGGCUCAAAACCAAGCCAAGGAAAUGGAAAAGCCAGAAAUUGUCCGAGGUGAUAUUCGAGGAGCCCUCCAAUCAUUAGAGAAGUCGGCGACCACCAAGACUGAGGUAAUUGUUGAGGAUUUAGUGCCCGGCGAUAUCAAAGGCACCUUGAAAUCACUAGAAGAGGCUAAGCAGGCAGUGAAAGAGAUGGAAAAGGAGGAGAUUGUAAAGGGAGACAUUCAUAUUGCGCUGAAGGGUUUGCAUGAGGCCUCGAGUGAAAAAAAGCUUUACCAGCACCAAGUGAGUGAACAGGGGGACGUGAGAGGCACAAUACAGCUGUUACUAGAACCAUCCACAUCCCCCCGAAUGCAACGCAGGGGAAGCACUGAGGGAGAUGUGAAGACCUCCAUAAAAUGCCUAUACGAAGGGCAGGGGCAGGACCAGGAUGAGGAGCAAUCACAGAUGGAGAAGGAGGAGGUGAUAAAGGGAGAUGUUAAAGGAGCCAUAAAGAAUCUGAUGCAGAGAAAAGAAUAUUCAAAUCGGAAAGUACGAAAGUAUCCUCCCAGGAAAGCUCCUAGAGCUCAUGUGAAAAAUCCAUUACCCACACAGCAAGUGAUGGACCAUGAAUACUCAGAUGUGGCUAAGAAUGAGAACGUCACAGUCAAUCUAGCUCCUGCUGUGAAAAACCUGUCUCAGAGUCAGAGCAGUAAAUCACAGGACACCACACAAAAGCACACUGAGACAUACACCGAGAACAAAUCAGUGAAGAGUAGCAAGACCCUCACCCAAGAGGAACACUCUAUGACAACACAGGUCCAAACAGUAAAUAUUUUGGAGGACUCACAGCAGGAACAUGUAAAAGAACAGACUGAAGUUAAAGAACAGACACAGAGUGUAAAACAGAAAAUGCAACCCCCUCCUAAGCACAUGAUCAUAAAGAAGAAAAACCUGACCAAUCAGAUGACCGAUAAUACAUCAAUUAAUCAGAUGACAGAGAUUAAAGCAGCCAAUCAGAGGACUGUGAAUAAAGCAGCCAAUCAGAUGACUGGGAAUAAAGCAGGCAAUCAGAUGAUUGUGAAUAAAUCAGCCAAUCACAUGACUGAGAAUAAAGCAGCCAAUCAGAUGAUUGUAAAUAAAUCAGCCAAUCACAUGAGUGAGAAUAAAGCAUCCAAUCAGAUGAGUGUGAAUAAAUCAGCCAAUCAUAUAACUGAGAAUAAAGCAGGCAAUCAGAUGAUUGUGAAUAAAUCAGCCAAUCAUAUGACUGAGAAUAAAGCAGUCUCAGACAUAAAUGUGACGAAAGAAACACAUAGAGAAACACAAGUCUCAGACAUGAACGUGACAACACAGGUCAAAACAGUCAAUAUGUCUGAGUCCUCACAGCAGACACAUGUUAAAAAACAGGCUGUGAAACAGAGAAUACCACCACCCCCUAAACCCAUCUUCAUAAAGAAGAAAAACAUGACCAAUCAGAUGACUGACAAUACAUCAACGAAUCAGAUAACUGAGAAUGAAGCAGCCUCAGACAUACACGUGAUGAAAGAAACACAAAGCACAUCUCAAACUAAUAUUGUUUCAAAGCAAACACAGGAAACAAAAACAAUGAAACGGUUGCAAACAACCGUGACAGAACAUAAGACCGUUUCACAAAAACACAACGUCAAAAAUCUGAAUACAAAUUUCCGGAACCUGGACGUGAAGAGAAAAGGUAUGAUAAAGAAAGGGACGCCUGAGAUUCAUUUCCCUCCUCCUCCCACGUCCCCGCCUCCACCCUCUGAGUCUGAGAUGUCUCUUCCUCCCCCGCCCUCACCAGUGGCAGGCAGCCCAAUGUCCCUGUCAUGCCAUAGCCCAAUGUUUCCCACAUCCCGUCCCCUGAUUAUGAGACAGGACAGUGACCUUCCGCCUCCACCUCCUCCACCCCCAGCAGAAUGCGGGGAGCCUGACUUUUUCCCUUCUCCGCCACCCCCACCCUCCGAGGCAGGGCAAGACUUUCUUCCUCCACCGCCCUCACAGCAAGAGCUAAACUCAAUGCCACACCAAGUGCCUACACCACCACCUGGAAAGCCAUUUAAAGCUAGGCCUUUAUUCAAAAUCCCAAAAUCUGAGCCACCCAAGAAACCAAUACUGGUCAAACCAAAAUGGCAGAAAAAGCAAGCAGUACCACCACCGCCUCCUCCACCUCCUCAGCCAAUGACAGUUCAGACAGAACAUAAAGAGGAAGCAGUAGUCAAGGAAGUCAAGAGUGAAAUCGGUUGUAAACAGGUGGAAACUACAAAUACUACCAACACACAGGUUCAAUCUGAUUUUACAGUGUCCAUGACUAAAAUCACUUCACCAAUACCAGUGGCAAAACCACCACAGGAAGAGUUGCCACGACCACCUAAAAAGGUAUUCAUCCCUCCAAUCAAAAUACCCCCACCUGCAGAGCCUGUCCCAGUUGCAAAACCUAAACCGUAUGCCAGUAAAUUCAAAACCCCACUGAUGCUUGCAGAGGAAAGGUAUCGUGUGCAGAGAGAGGAGGCUGAGAGAAACAAGUCACAAGACACAACUCCUGCCACUUCACGAGUCACAUCUCCCACCUCUCCUCCAACUACUAUGAUGCAAAUGAUGGGCUCAACCAAUGUUGCAAGUGAACAACACUCAGUUGCACACAAAACAGAGCAGUCAAAAGUGACCUCAGAGGUAACACAGGCUGAGGAAACUCAGUUUAAAAGCAAAGUAUGCAUUUCAUCACAAGAGCCGCCCAUGAAGAAAGCUCCAUCACAUAUCCCCCUGAGCAAACCUUUGAUCUCAGUGGGGGAAAAGACAUCAACCUCUGGAUCUGGAAAUAUUUCCUCAAAUAAGAAACAUAUUACCACUGAUCAGUCCUCUAUGGUCUCUUUUGGGAAAGAACUCGCCUCAUCUGUUGCCUCCAGAAAACAUCAGGCUGUUUCCACUGGCGAGCAUCAGUCUGUUUCAGUCCCUGCUGCUCACCCUCACCAUGAGUCCCACAUUAAAGUCCAUUCUGGCGCUAAUGUGAUUUCAUCCUCAAUAGCUGAGCAGCAGAGUGGUAUGAAUGCUAGCUCACGGUCUAUCAUCUCCACUCAGAGCAUUGUCCAGGAAAAUGUACAUCUUCAAUCCCAAUCCGCCGUCACAUACGAAGCAGCGGAGGAAAAUAAUACUGACGCCUCUCUCACACAGAAAGUGAAAAAAAAUCCAUCUCAGCCCACCAAAAUCAAAAUUCCAAAAGUGACACCAAAUUUCAAGGUGAGAACUGUGAAGUUGCCGACAGAGAAGAAGGAGGAGAAAAGCGAGGUGGUGGAAAAAGAGCAACGAGCAGUGACGGGUAUGGAGACUAUUUCUAAGAGUGAGACCAGAGUAGUUCAGGAGAGCACGCAGACGGCCACCAGUAGCUCAGCAAAAAAGGAAGUAAAGGUGGCGACGAAUGUGAUACAGGAGAAAGCUGAGGAGGUUGAAAAAACUGCAGCUGCCAAGGAAACAAAGCUGGAGAUCCAAAGGACGACAAAGGCAAAGCAGAAAGGCAUUAAAGUCCCUUUUCCCAAAGAGCCAAAGCUAGUUCCUAUGCCAGUAGCUCAAGCUCCAGGGCACUGCCACAUAUCUGUCUCCCAUAGUCAACAGAGCAUGCAGGAACAGCACAUUCAGAAGCAGGAGCAAGUGAUUGUUAAUGAGAGAGUAGUUCAACAGAGCUUCCAGAAACAGGAACAGCAGGUUCGCACACAGAAGCAGCAGGUCGAGUCUUUCCAACAACAAGGAGAAGUAAGCAAAAUGCAGCACCAUCAGGAGAGGUCGAAGGCAGAGUCUACGGCUGUCUCCGUGAACAUUGCAGGGAAGGCAGCAGCACAGACAGAAGCAGCUCAAUCAAUGGCGGAAAGCUCAGCUCAAUCAGUGGAGAGCACAGAUUCAGAGAAAUGUGUAAUGGUACAGAAGCUGCUAUUUAACAUUAAGCAGCUUCAUCCAGGGAAAAUGGAUUCAAACUCAGUGAGGACAAUACUUAGUGGGGUCCCUGUCUGGUUGAUGAGGGCGGAGGAAAAGCGUGAUUUAACACAGGUUGCUGUUCAGCAGAAUAAGAAGAAGCUCACAGAGAUCAUUUUCCACGUGAGAAACCUAGCACAAGCAAAACUUGUAAACUUAGAAGGACAAAUGGCAGCCAUGGCAAAACAGGAUAGAGAACCAGCACCUGCAUCAUCACCUGCACCACCACCUGCACCAGCAUCUGAAAAUAAAGGAUUUGGAGGAGCAACAGCCAAGAUAUCUAAAACAAGCAUUGGCUCAUCAAGAGUCGAAACCCAUAAGAAAGUGGUUGAGGAGAAGAAGAUCUCUCAUGAGAGCAAAAAGCCAGAGCUGACUGAAGUAAAAGGUCCUGAUCCCAGAGUUCCCUCUCCUAUGCUUGCAACGCGAACACCUUCACCUACCUUCAUCAGCAUUGAAUCAGUGAGGAGAACAGACUCACCCCUCAUGGUGACCCCCUCACCUCCUCCGUCAUACAUGUCUGGUGCCACCCCAACCCCACCACCUCCCCCUCCCCGCACCCCUACCUCUCGGUUCUGUAGGGCCACACCCUCUCCCACCUUGAGCAGCUCAGAGAAACUAGCCAAGUUGAAGGACACCACUGCGAAGCUCUCUAGGGGCAUGACCCCUCCCACACCCAUGCCUGAGUUUCUGACCACAGAGCAAGCCUCUGACAGAGAGGAUUCCCCAGCGCUGAUUGAACCUGAGAUCCACAUGCAGACACAGGAGAUGGAGACUGGGACGACGACUCCGGAUGUGGCUGAUAUGGUUGACUCCAUGAUGACUGUCAGAGACAAGAAGUUCUUCUUUGAGGAAGCUCAGAAGGCAGAGGUGAGCAGGACAUACAUGCGGAAGGACCCCAUUGAAAUCCCGGAGCGCCUGGGUCCAGAGGAUCUAGAGGAAGUUCCUGAGGGUGUGAAUAUAGACAUAAUGAAAGAGGAUCUCCCUAGGCUUGACCUGUCAAAGCUGGUCAAUCAAUUUGAAUCACCACAACCAAAGCUGUUCAUCAGAAAAGAUCCCAUGAUCAUCACAGAUAGACUGGGAAGUGACACUGAAGAUCCAGAGGCAGACCCCAAAACGCCAAACACUGAUGAAACACCUGCCUUCAACAUCAAGGCCAUCAAGAAUGCCUUUGACUUGGGUGAUCAUAAUGCUCUCAAAGAAGUGAGAGAGAAACAAGAGGAGAGAGAGAGGAGAGAAUCAGAGUCUGCCGAACCGACGGGGCAUUCCGAAACAAAGUCCGUCACUGAGGAGUUCUCUGGCAUGGAUGAAUUUGGCAACAUAACAAGCGGGGUGAGGAGCGAGACCAGCAUGCACUCUGAGAGCCACAUGUCCCGCCCCCUCCCUCCCUCCUAUGCCGACGUGGUGAAAGGGACGGUUGAAGAGAUGGCAGUUCCUGUGAAGGCCGCCACAGAGGACGUACUGAAGAGCUUCAACCAGUCCUGGGCCGAAACAGAGAGUGUGUUCCAGAAUCUGGGAUUCAGUGUCUCAGAACAGAGGACAUCACAGAUCGUAACACACCAGCAGGAGACUGUCGUGACGGAAGAUUCGAGUUCCAGAGUCCGAACUGUGCACGGUGUGUCGGAAGAGGGUGUAUCCGAUGGAGUGUCUGGUCGCAGACAAACACAAUUUCCAUAAAAGCUGCUUCCGCUGUGAGCACUGCAGUGGCAAACUAAGCCUUGGCAACUACGCCUCUCUCCAUGGACGAAUGUACUGCAAGCCCCACUUCAAACAACUGUUCAAGUCAAAAGGAAAUUAUGACGAAGGAUUCGGACAGAAGCCUCACAAAGACCUUUGGAGUGCUAAAAAUCAAGAGUAUUCCAUUGAAAAUGAAAAGACUAAGCUAAAAUCCCCGUCCCCUGAAAAACUAGAUUCCAGAAAUUCCACAGCUAGGAGCAGUGUCAGUUCGACGAAGAUAGAGGUACCACCUCCACAGGAAAAGGAAGU